UUUUAUGUAAAUGUAGGACUUGUGUCCUGGUUUAGCUUAUGUGGUUUGUAGAUAUCGGAACGUCAGCAUAUGUGACGUUUUGAUAAUGUUGCAUUUGAUUAACGCCAAUGUUUGAGUAUGUCAUGGUGAUUUUGUAUCACGCUCUGCUCUCAGAAUAUAGACACUUUAUCAUUCUAGUCCCUUUCCAUGUAACGCGUACGUUCGUGGAUCUUUAAACAACUCGCAACAAGCUCGCCGCGUGCAUGACUUGAAGAUCGUAGAUUGUGCGGUUUACUCGAACAGCCCGUUUUUUGUGAGGUCAUCAACGGGGGACCAAGUCACAUUGUACAAGAGGACGCGGCAGAAGUACGAAGUGAUGUUUGGUGAGAAAGCUUUCAAUAAAAAGUUUCAGGAUGGACUCCUUGUACAGUCCGUUAACUUUGGGCAUGCUAGCCGGGGUCGGUUGUGGACUCUGCCUUGGAUGGUACCUCCGAGGUCGACUCAGUCGGCCCCCCCGUGGACUGGUGGCAGCUUGUGGAAACGCCAGCAGUGCCAAUGAAAGCAGCAUUAUGGGAGAGAGUGGCGAAUUCAAAAUGAUCCUUGUAGUCCGGACUGACCUUAAAAUGGGCAAAGGCAAAGUGGCAGCCCAAUGCUCUCAUGCCGCAGUGUCCGCUUACAAGCAGGUACAGCGCAGAAAUCCUGAUCUUCUAAAACAGUGGGAAUACUGUGGUCAGCCCAAAGUAGUGGUCAAGGCACCAAAUGAAGAAUGCCUUUUAGAACUGUUGACCCAUGCAAAAGAAGUUGGGUUGCCAGUCAGCCUUAUUCAAGAUGCUGGAAGAACCCAAAUUGCACCAGGUUCAAGGACUGUUCUUGGGGUUGGCCCAGGGCCUGCAGAUCUUGUGGACAAAGUAACGGGACACUUGAAACUAUACUAGACACUGAGGUCACUAGAGACAGCAUCCCCUAGAUUGUCCAACAUUUUCUAGAAUUGUGCAAAUUCUCCAUCUACGUUUUUUGAAAAGGACGAAAUCUGAGUGGAUUCUGGAUGAAAUUAUGUACUAUCAAAGAAAAACAUAACACAGCUUUGUGCAGUUUGACCAUUUAUUUUAAGAAGCAAGUAAUUCACCUCUUCCAUAUGAGUACAUUUUGUUUGCAUUGUAAAUGUAUAUAUACAGAGAUGGGUCUUCUAGCUUCAGGUUAAAUCAGGCAACUAUGAAUCCUUAAACAUCUUUGUUUAAAAUCAUCUCCAAAAUAAACAAUUUCAAAAUGUUUGACUUCCCUCAAAUACCCAGUGGAGACCUGAAUGAAUCCUGGAAUUCCUGUAACUGCAGCUUUAGUGAGACCAAAUUACUCAAUGCUUUGUGCUAAUAUUCCUGCUCUAAUGGCUGUCAGCUCUACAAUACUGCACAGAUUUCAAUGCCCAUUUCCAAAACCAGCAAAAUGGAUACUAAAAUUAAAUCCAUGUGAUGCCUCAUAUUUACCCUCCAUUACAGAUUGUACACUCAAUGUUUCUCACCUAUGCGUAAACAGUACUGUCCACUGGGUAUAAUAUAAAGGGAAAAAUAAGACAAAGCCAAUGAUCUACUGUCAUAGCAGCAGUAUUAGUCAAAACAAGAAUGAGUGACUGGAGCAGUACAUGUCACAUAGCACAGUUUGCACCAGAGAAGCCUUUGUUUAUAUGCAGGGGGGGGGGUGUCAUUCAAGGUUAUUCUGCACAAAUCAAAUUUAUAUAGCAUGUGCAUGGUUUAUAUAGUUUAGGCCAUGAAGCAAAUUUUAAGUUUAAUUUUAAGGGCAUACAUAUCUUCCCAAAUUAAUUGCCAACUUUUACGUGUGGAGGUGUGAAACAUCACAAACACCAUGAUAGCCCGUUCAUCCACACAUGCACACCCACAGCAACAUGAGGAGAGGGACAAUAGUAACACACACACACACAGGGGUCUGUAUAAUAUUCUUUUUAAUUAUCCCUCACUAAAUGGAAUGAUCCCACAUGAAGAGCACUGGUUACUGCACAAGGAAAGGUCAUCUGUAACAUCGUAAAUAACAGGGGAAAAAUGUUCGUUUUCUACGCAAUUUUACCAGUCAAACCUCCACGGGCUGGGAAAAGAAUAAAUCUCACCUUUUUAAGUCA